UCUUCUGAUUCUUAAUUAUUCUUUGCAUGUUUUCAUCAUACCAUGAUACCCACCUGUAAUGAAAUACCCACCUAUAGCAAGAGACAAACAGCUCCCCCUCCUCAUCAUUUUUAUUUCUUAUAGAGAUGUUUAUAGUUAUGGUAGGUUCUUCAGAGAUCACGGACAGGAACUUGGAUGUCUCAGAAAAGAAAAUCAAGGACUUUAUGGAGGCACUCCAAGUUGCUGGUCAGUUGUCAGCAGAUAAUGUCUUACAAACGCUCAAGUUGCUGAAAGUCAAAAUCCUAAAUAACAAGAUGGCAACUCCACGAUGCCAGAAGGUGACAGAUAUCAUCGUUGACUACAUGAAGACCAUGAAGCCAGAGGGAGAACUGGAGGAAUUGUGCACUGAAGUCCUAUUGGCUCUGGGGUUCCAGUCUCCAGGAAUAGUCAUCUUCAAGCUGUGGGACAGAUGGCAUUUGAACAACCUGCCCCCAAACGGUCUCCUGGUUGCAGUGGGGAGACUCAUCUUCUGCCAGGGUGCAGACCCCUACAUUGGUGUCACAUGGGAAUAUAUCCUGCACCUUCUGAGGAUGGCCCAAAAGGAGGAUGACAUGUUGGCAGUAUGUCAUGUGCUCAAAGGAUUGGUCAUCAGUGCCCGGAAACAUCUGGAUCUGGGUACUAAGAAUGAUGAAAUAAUGGACAUCACACAAGAGGCGCUGUCCAUCAAGGCUUACCUCACCCUUCGGGUUCUCUUCAAUCGUUGGUCCCUGAGGAGCAACAACAAGGUGACAGAGGAAGCUCUGGUGAUAAUUGGCCAUCUCUUCUUCCUCAUUCCACCAUCCAAACUCAAGAAUCAAGUGAACCGUUUAACCCGAUGGUUAAUGACUUUGAUGUCUGCAAAAGUGGCACCUUUCUACAUUUCCCAGUGUAUCUUCCAACUUAUAGAUGCUCUGGCUCUUAGUGGCUGUGGAGGUAUAAACUUGGAAUCCCAGCUGGGAAAUAUUAUAGGCAUGCUGUUCAAACAGCUGAGUGAAACAGUUGAGGACUCAAAUUAUCACUCUGUACAGAACCACAGCCUUGCCCUGAAGGCCUUCUAUAUCCUGACCAAGUUAUAUAAUGAUCAGGUGGUAACCUUAAUACGAGAGAACGUGGAAUCCAAGGAUCCAGCCAAGAUAGUAUCAACCAUUCAAAUUUUCACAGAUGUGCUCCAGAAAGUGCCCCAGACAGAGCAACUGAAGAAUGAGGUGAUGCAUUCAGUCAUAAUCAUGAUUCAGGAGGAUCUCAAACCAGUGCGAAGGGCCCUCCUGAACUUCAUCGAGAUGCUGAUCCAGCAUGACUACUUGGCCCCGCCCCAGGGGAGCAUCAUCAUCAACUAUGUCAUCAAGCUCAGCGAGUCUGACUGCUCAAAUGAAGAGGACAUCCAACUAACGUGUUCCAAAAUCCUACAGAUGGUAACCUUGCCCAAACUGAUCACCUUGGUAUGCCAGCCCAGCAACACCUUGGCCUUCGUGCCCCUGAGUAAGAUGGCCACGAAAAUGGCUCUGAGGGCCCGUUCCCUGGGCCAGGUUCCCUACCUCAGCAGCUUUCACCUCAGGCCUACCCAGUUCAUCUCCCCACAGAAACUCCUGACCCAUCUUGUGAUGUUUUCCCUGAAGCCCUAUAGAGAAGGGGAGUUUGGUGUAAGCUCUCUAAGGCUACUAUAUGCCCUGCAUCCUAUCACCUCCCUGCACCCCGUUAUCAACUCGAAUGUGGGCCAGCUGUGGAUGACGGAGAUCCCACAGAUGUUGCAGAUGCUGGAUGAUCACACUGAGAAGAGCCUGAAUCAGGAGGAGUGGGAAGGCAGGCUGCUCCAGUUUUCAAGUCAGUCAUUAUUGGCUAUCGAUGAUGACAGCUGGCUGGAGCAACUCAUUAAGGUUGUCUUGGAGAGGAUAAAUUAUUUCAGCGAUGAUGAUGAGGAGGAGAAGGCUUUUCUAUACAAAUUCUUUGGCUUCACCCUGCGGACCUCGAGGAAUAUAAAAAUGGUGCAGAUGAUGCUCUCCACCAUCCUACAAACUGUCCAUGAAGAGCUGCAGGAGAGGGAGGGCAUUGCUGUGGCGCUCAGUAUCGUGUCCAUGAAACAUCUGAAGGUAACCCUGGACCAACUGCAAGCAUAUAGUGCUAUACUCACUGACAAGAACUCAUCAUCCAUCCUCAAACUGAUGAAGGAACAUCAGCAAAGGGAAUGGGGGCUGGUCUGUAACAUCAUCUACUUAAGCUAUAGCAAGAUUAUUUCAGAGAGCAAGGGAGCCAUCUUCAUGCAUUUAGAUGACAUCCUGGCCAUUGUCCUGCAACACUACCGCAACUGUAUUGUAGAAAAGGAUAAGAACCUGAAGCUGGAGUACCUGGAUGCCCUGACCAAGCUAAUAAACAUCUUGAGCAGCCAGCCCAUGGCCUUUCAAUUCAAGUUCCCUCAGAAAAUAGAAAUUGUAACCUUCAUGAUGGAGUUAAUCAGGGAGGAGCCAUUGAAUUCCAUCUCCAGUUCCAUUAGGCAGAGGGCAAUGAACUUCAUCACUAAUUUCAGGAAGCUCCAUCCCCUCACAGAGGUGGAAGAAAGAACAGAGCUACUCCAAACGUGUUUUCAGAGUGUGCUAUGCCUGCCAUCCACAGAGGAUUUGCAGAAGGAGGCAUCCAGUUCCCAGGAAGCCCAGGCCACUGAAGAUUUGCUCAUGGAGACCCUUCAAUCCCUCCUACGGCUAAUGGAGACACUUAUUGUUGAGAUGCCUUCUCAUAUCCAGUACUGUUUGGAGCAUCUGAACAUAUGGCUGAAUUCCCAGAACGACAAUGAGAGGGAACGGGCCAUGUGGUGUGCUGCCCGUAUUCUUGGCUUCACUGCAAAAUGGAACAACUUUGGAGUGGAGAUCAAGUUCUCUCGGUUGGGGUGCUUGGUAAGGCUGCUGGCCAUGCGCUGCCAGGACCCAGUGGACAACAUCUGCUUCCUGUCUUCACAGGCAGUCUACAAUCUCUACCGUAUCCUCCUGCUGCAAAAGCAGAUGCAAAGGAAAAAACAGGGCUUAUGGGAAGAAGAGGGCAAGAGUGAAGUCUAUAGUGCCAACGUGUUCUAUAACAACACCUUUGAGAUUGCCAAGGCAUUUGCAGAGUACUUCACUGAGAUGCAGCUCACCCACCUGGUGCUGACGGCCAUGGAGGGUCUGACUGACAGCAAGGCCACGGUGUCUCUGGCAGCAGCCCAGCUGAUGAGUGCUGUCAUGAAAGAACGGGGCAGAGAUAUGAUAAAGAUUGAAGAAAUUGUGGAGGGGAUUGUGGGACGGCUCAACUUACAGCUGGAGCCCAACACGAAGGAGGAGACAAUGCGGGCCAUGUGCUUGCUGGCUGGCAACAACACCCACAGGGUUGUGCCCAUGCUGCUCAACAAGACCCUGCCUUGGGACAGAACCAAUCUGGCCCUUUGGAAGGCAUUUGGCACCCGGCGAGAGACCACAAUCAGCGUCCUGCAGCUGCUCAUAGGCAUCCUGGAAAAGCUCCACUCCAGAGAGGAAUCUAGGGAGAUGGCCUUCCAGCCUGUGGCGGUGACAUGUGCUUUGUGUGAGAUGCUGUCAGGGUCCCUGUGCCAGGAGGCUGUCCAGGAGCUCUACCCCCGGCUGUUGCUGGCUAUACUGCAUCAUCUCUACUGGGUGAUUGAACAAAAUGUCCCCCAGAAGAUGGUGGUCUACAACAGGGAGGAGGGCCCAGGCCGCAAAAGCACGCCCUUUGAUCCUACUAGUUGUGCCUUGGAGGUAGUGAAGCUGGUGUUCGUGGCAGCUGCAUAUGAAGGAGUGGUGGUCUAUGCAAAUCAGCAUCACUGCUGGGACCUUCUGUCCAGCCCCAAGUUUUACUACAUAGGGAUCAUGGACCUGACAAGUGGCAUUGUGAAGAACUGUGAACCUGCCAUCCUGCAUCGAAUCCUCAACCUCAUCAGGAACAUCCUCUAUAGCUCCAACUAUCACAGGAGGAUUCUGGCCAGGACUUUCUAUGCACAGCUGCUCUGGCACCGAUCAGUGGCUCAGACUGUGGGGCAAGACUUUUUGGGCAAUCUAAUCAAGUGGACCAACGAGCCCAACAUCAUUAUGAAAGAAGUUGGGCUCCGUGGAAUCAGUAACCUCGCAUUGCACCCAGGACAAUCAGAAUCUCUGAAGAGCCAGGUUCCAUUCUUGCGAGACUUCCUGAAGAAUGAGGCACGAGUGACAAUGCAGGCAGUAAAGAGCCUACGGAACAUCAUCUGCUUUGGGAAGCAACAGAACACCAAGGUGGUAUUUUGCAGCAUCUCCAAGCAGCUGCGUCCACUCAUCAAUGAUGAGAGGGACCUGGUGAAGAUCUCGGCCACCUCUGCCCUGGGCCACAUGCUGCAUCGAGUUCACAAAUUCAAGCCGGGAGCCAUCACCCGAAGAGAGAUCUACAGUUUUCUAGUCCCGCUGCUGCUUAGCAUUCAGGAUAAUAACACCGAGGUAGUCAAGGCCUGUGGAGGGGCCCUGACUGAGUGGACUAAGGUGAUUGGCUGGUCAUCACUCACACAGACAUUCCAGCACACCACCCUCAGUGAUCACAUCCAGGUAUUGGAAGAAACGUGCAAGUACCUGGUGGGCACAAAAAAAAUACAGCUUGUGGGGGAGUUUCUGUCCCAGAGCUUCGACUUCCUGACGAGCCCUCAGUCCUUCCUACGGGAAGCUGCCAUCAACUUCAUAGGAUUAACAAUUAAGAGGUUAACCAUGAAACGAAUUCACGAGGAUGAUGUGGAGCUGUUACAGAAUGCUAUUGGAAGUCUGAGGAAUGAUCCUGUGGAAUCUAUCCAGUCUUUGGUCACUACUACCCUGAAAAACCUUGAUGAAUAUCUUAAUCCCGAGUCUAUCUCUGCUUCCAGGAUGAGCCAGCUGAGCAAUAACAUCUUCAAAGUCACUGGCAUGAAAACCUCAGAAAGAAAGAAGCGACUGUUUAAGACUGUCAAACAGGAAAGAGAUGAUGAUGACAAUCAGAAAAAGAAUAUCUGGAAUUGGCUUCGAGGCCCUCUAAAUUCCUUGUGCAACUGGCACAAUAGGAGGGUGAAAACUACUCCACUCAUAAUAGGCAAUUCAGAUAAAUAAUCAAUAUGGUCACAGGUCCCAACAUCUGAAAGUCCACCUACAGAAGCUGGGCCUGCCCCUAAAUAAGUUGCACCUAAUUGCUCUGGGACUGAAGCCUUUUCGAUUUAUUGUUCCAGAUAAGCAGUACUUUGAUUCACAGUGGCUCUCCUACCUUUUUCCAACUGGACCGGCUACCUGGGAUUAAACCCAAGGAGGCGGUUUUGAUCCUAGAAGGCACAGUAUGUGUCUCUCCCUAGGUGAUUGUUGGCUAUCAGCAUAUACAUUUGUCAAUAA